AUGGACAACCCCACCAAGGCCCAGAUGUGGCUAACCUCUAUAGAGAAGAUCUUCAGGUACAUGAAGUGCCCUGAGGACCAGAAGGUCCAGUGCGCAGUUUUCUUCCUGAAGGACAGAGACACCGUGUGGUGGGAGACUGCUGAGAGGAUGUUGGGCGGAGAUGUCAGCAAAAUAACCUGGGAGCAUUUCAAGGAGAGCUUUUAUGCUAAGUUCUUCUCUGCCAACGUAAAGUACGCGAAGCAGCAAGAGUUCCUGAACUUGGAACAAGGCGACAUGACUGUGGAGCAGUACAAUACUGAGUUUGACAUGCUGUCCCGUUUUACCCCUAAUGUAGUGAAGGAUGAGGAGGCCAGGACCGAGAAGUUUGUCAGAGAUUUGAGCCUGCAUGAGAGAGCUGAUUCAUCUAAGGCUACCGACAAAGGGUCAGCCCUUGGACAGAAGAGGAAGGUGGAGCUACAGUCUGACUUGACACCGCAGCAAAAUCUGAGGUCAGGAGGCUAUCACCAGUUGAGGAUCAAGGAUAGUGAUAUUCCUAAGACCGCUUUCCAUUCCAGAUACGGGCACUACGAGUUCAUCGUGAUGUCGUUUAGUUUGACUAAUGCUCCUGCGAUAUUCAUGGACUUGAUGAACAUGACUGAGGCCGAGCAUGAGGAACAUUUGUACCGGGUCUUGGAGUCUCUUCGAGCCAAUAAGUUGUACGCCAAGUUCUCCAAAUGUAAGGCAAAUGUAGUAGAUGAUGCGUUGAGCAGGAAGGUUGCACAUUCAGCAGCGCUUAUCACGAAGCAGGCCCCCUUACUCAAAGAUUUUGAGAGAGCCGAGAUUACACUCUCAGUAGGGGAGGUUACCUCACAGUUGGCUCAGUUGUCAGUGCAGCCGACCUUAAGACAGAGGAUUAUUGUCGCUCAGCUAAAGGAUCCCUAUCUGGUCGAGAAGCGUCGUUUGGUAGAGAUAGAGCAAGGUGAGGAUUUCUCUAUAUCCUCUGACGACGGCCUUACAUUUGAGGGACGUUUGUGCAUGUCAGGAGACAGUGCAGUCAAGACAGAGCUUUUGUCUGAGAGAUGCUCGUUUCACAUCGAAGUUCUGAAAAGGACUUCAGCUUGCAUUGGGCACAAGGUGGCAUCGAUGAAGGUUGUUCUGAGGUUCGAGAAGAAGGGGAAGCUAAGUCCACGUUUUGUAAGGCCAUUUGAGUAUGUCGGAGAUCCGAUGCAUGUAGUGGACUUCGAGCCAUUGCAACUUAGUGAGAACUUGAGCUACGAGGAGUAA